UAAUAAGCGUUACUAAACGGUGUAUGUUCAUAAAAAAUACGAAAUAAUUCUUUUGGUCACGUGACACAAACCUGUGCUUUUUUUAAAACACCAAAAGUGAAACGGAAUUUUUUUUUUCCAUUUGUGGUUAAAGUCAUUCUGAGGUCAACUGGGUAAAACAUCGUCAUUCCGUCAUGUUCACUGAGCCCUAAAAUAAAUCUGUCACAUGUGAAUCAGAAAAACGUCACGUCGUGCCGUUUGAACAUUCUGACAACCCCUGUGUGUGUUCACACGGCAGGUGGAGCCCGAGGCCAGAUUUCUUUUUAGGAGUCAAAUCCAGUGCCGCGUUUUACACUCGACACCUCACUUCGUUUCUCCUCUUUCCUCUCUGCCUGCAGCUCCCAGGCAGGAAUCGCCCCCCCACCUCCCUCACCCUCCUCCCCAGUCUCCCACCCGUUCUCGGCUCCUUGCCCGGCUGCAACGCAAUGCUCCUCAUGCCGGUCUGUGCGCUCUGAUCCACGGAGCAUCCACCGCAUCCCCAAAUUGUUUUGUCAUUUCUGACCCUUCUCUCCCUCCGUGGUGAUCACUACUGCCCCGUGCUCUGCGCCCGUGGACCUCAGCUGAAGUCGAGACCAACACACCGACACCUAAAAAGAUAAGGAAGGAAAGAGAGAGAGAGAGAGAGAGAGAAGGAGGGAGGGAAGGAGGGACACAGACAGACGGCUGUGGAGAUACUCCUCCUCCUCCUGCGCUCCACUGGUCGUAGUGCGUUUGGGCAGACACUAAAACCUCCUGCGUGAGCGCGGAUGUGGAAACCGAGCAGCCACAGCUAUUGGUUCAUUACACCUUUAGCUUUAUUCCCAUCCAACCUUUAACAAGGUGGCGUUUUUUUUAUUUUUGCUGCAACAAGAAACAACUACCGCUGGAUCCAGGUUAGAGUCGCCUGUCAGUGAAAUUGUUUUUUCUUUUCCAGUGGGAAGAUUUAUAUCAUUGUUUUUUUUAAUCCAAGACCUUCAUUCUGGGGACUGUGUGAAAGAGCACGUUAAAGGUUAUUCUCGACUGCGCUUUGCGCUGGAUGUGGAGCCUGUACAUGCGUCUAUACUGCUGCGUAUGCUGAUACGGACUGUGAUGUCCAGAUGCCACUGAGAUGUGAUUCUUCUGGAUUGCAGUUACCUUCGAGAAAGCAAAGUCCACUUUAACAGUUUUGUAUGGUGUCGAGAACACAGAGCUGUGAGGAAAACAGCUCAGCACGAGGCUGUCUGGGCUCUGCAGGAAGUCCUUCCAUAUCUGCUUCCAGGUCAACCUCUGAAGUCAUGUGGAUCAGAUGCCUGCUCUUCAUCACCACUUUGUUUGCCCCACUCGCCAUAGCGGAUGGCCGUGCCCCUAUCCCAAUGGCAGUGGUGCGCAGGGAGCUGUCCUGUGAGUCUUACCCCAUCGAGCUGCGUUGCCCAGGCACAGAUGUCAUCAUGAUUGAGAGCGCCAACUAUGGCCGCACCGACGACAAAAUCUGUGACUCUGACCCUGCACAGAUGGAGAAUACACGGUGCUACCUGCCUGACGCAUACAAGAUCAUGUCACUCAGAUGUAACAACCGUACCCAGUGUGCAGUGGUGGCCGGACCAGAUGUCUUCCCUGACCCUUGCCCUGGCACAUACAAAUACCUGGAAGUCCAGUACGAGUGUGUCCCUUACAAAGUGGAACAGAAAGUUUUCUUGUGUCCGGGAAUUCUGAGAGGCGUCUACCAAAGUGAACAUCUUUUCGAGUCGGACCACCAAUCCGGUGCAUGGUGCAAAGAUCCUUUACAGGCCUCCGAGAAAAUCUACUACAUGCCCUGGACACCGUAUCGCACAGACACUCUGACAGAGUACUCAUCAAAGGAAGACUUCAUCGCAGGCCGUCCAACCACAACUUACAAACUCCCGCAUCGUGUGGACGGCACUGGUUUUGUGGUGUACGAUGGCGCUCUCUUCUUCAACAAGGAGCGAACGCGUAACAUUGUCAAGUUUGACCUUCGCACCCGUAUCAAGAGCGGUGAGGCUAUUAUCGCCAAUGCAAACUAUCACGAUACCUCACCGUACCGCUGGGGGGGGAAGUCGGACAUCGACCUAGCAGUGGACGAGAAUGGACUUUGGGUGAUCUAUGCUACAGAGCAGAACAACGGGCGAAUUGUGGUGAGCCAGCUCAACCCCUACACGCUGCGCAUCGAAGGCUCCUGGGACACCAGCUACGACAAACGCUCUGCCUCCAAUGCCUUCAUGAUCUGCGGCGUCCUUUAUGUCGUCAAGACUGUCUAUGAAGACGAUGACAACGAAGGGGCGGGGAACAAAAUUGACUACAUGUACAACACGGACAAGAGCAAGGAAAUGACACUAAACAUACCAUUUCCCAACUCCUACCAGUACAUCGCAGCUGUGGAUUACAACCCCAGAGACAACCUGCUGUACGUGUGGAAUAACUACCAUGUGGUCAAGUACUCGCUGGACUUUGGAAAUAAUGACUAUCGCCCGCCUCCCAUGGUGCCUCCGAAUCGUGGAGGGGGAGGGGGAUUCCCAAUCGGUGGUGGAGGGUCCUCCUCGUCAUCCACCAGCCGUACCACGACCACUCGCGCUCCCCCCUACUUUACAACCCCGAGGCCUCUCCUCACCACCUCGCCCGGCCAGCGGUACAGGACGACGACAACAAUUCGUCAGCCCAUCUUGGUUCCGAUCGGCGGCUCAGACCCUGACACCAAUCAGAUUCCUGACACUAACCAGAAAGCCGGCCGUACUCCGCCUGUGCAGGUGCCUCCAGCAGCUCCGCAGCCUCCUGCGCUGGCUCCACAAGAUUUCUGUAGUCCAAAGCUGACAGCUGACAUAUCGUGGCCCCGAACACAACAAGGCCAGACGGCAAAGCAGCCUUGUCCUGUAGGGACACUGGGUGUGGCUACUUAUAUGUGCAUGGCCCGUCUGGGUUACUGGGACCGCCAGGGCCCUGAUCUCAGCAACUGCACCUCCCCCUGGGUCAACCACAUCAUGCAGAAACUCCGCUCAGGUGAGACGGCGGCCAUUGUAGCCCGGGAGCUGGCUGAGCAGACCAAAGGCCUCCUGCGUCCUGGCGACGUGCCAUCCACGGUGCGGGCCAUGGCCCAGCUGGUUGAACUGCUGGACGUCCAGCUCAGGAACCUCACCCCCGGGGGCAAGGACAGUGCCGCUCGGAGCCUCACCAAGCUUCAGAAGAGAGAAAGGUCCUGCAGGUUUUUCACACAGGCGAUGGUGGAGACGGUGAAUAAUCUGCUCCAGCCACGAGCCCAGGCUGCAUGGAGAGAGCUGCCCACCAGCGAGCAGCUGCACUCAGCCACGCUGCUGCUCGACACCGUGGAGACGGGAGCUUUUAUGUUAGCUGACAACCUCCUCAAAACGGACACCGUGCAGGAGACCACUGACAAUAUCCAAUUGGAAGUGGCCAGGCUGAGCACAGAUGGAAACCUGGCAGACUUGACAUUCCCUCAGUCAGAACUACAUGGAAACUCCAUCCAGCUGUCAGCCAGCACUCUCAAACAACACGGCAGAAAUGGUGAGAUCAGGAUGGCCUUUGUCCUGUACAGGAACCUGGGUUUGUACUUGUCCACGGAGAACGCAAGUGUUCGAUUGGGCAGCGAUGCGGUCUACCCCAACUACUCCGUCAUUGUCAAUUCACCGGUUAUCACUGCAUCCAUUAACAAGGAGAGCAACAAGGUUUACCUGUCUGAGCCGGUGGUCUUCACUGUCAAACACCUGCAGCAUUCGGAAGAAAAUUUCAAUCCCAACUGUUCCUUCUGGAGUUAUUCCAAACGCACCAUGAUGGGAUUCUGGUCCACACAGGACUGUCGUCUGCUGGCCACCAAUCGUACACACACCAGCUGCUCCUGCACACACCUCACCAGCUUUGCGGUGCUCAUGGCCCAUGUGGAGGUCAAGAAAGCAGACAGCAUGCACGACCUGCUCCUGGAUGUGAUCACCUGGGUGGGCAUCCUGUUGUCCCUGGUGUGUUUGCUUAUCUGCAUCUUCACCUUCUGCUUCUUCCGUGGGCUGCAGAGUGACCGCAACACCAUCCACAAGAACCUGUGCAUCAGCCUUUUCAUCGCUGAGUCGCUCUUCCUGGUCGGGAUCAACCGGGCAGACCAGCCGAUCGCCUGUGCAGUUUUUGCAGCCCUUCUCCAUUUCUUCUUCUUGGCAGCCUUCACUUGGAUGUUCCUGGAAGGGGUGCAGCUCUACAUUAUGCUGGUGGAGGUGUUUGAGAGUGAGCACUCCAGGACUAAGUACUUCUAUCUGGCAGGAUAUGGAGUACCUGCUGUCAUAGUGGCUGUCUCCGCUGCGGUGGACUACCGGAGUUACGGCACUGACCGAGUGUGCUGGCUGCGUCUGGAUACAUAUUUUAUCUGGAGUUUUAUUGGUCCUGCAACCCUCAUUAUAAUGCUGAAUGUUAUCUUCCUCGGCAUCGCCCUUUACAAGAUGUUCCAUCAUACGGCCAUCCUCAAACCAGACUCUGGCUGUCUGGACAACAUCAAGUCCUGGGUUAUUGGGGCCAUCGCCCUGCUGUGCCUGCUGGGCCUGACGUGGGCCUUCGGGCUGAUGUAUAUCAAUGAGAGCACGGUCAUCAUGGCGUACCUCUUCACCAUCUUCAACUCUCUACAGGGGAUGUUUAUCUUCAUCUUCCACUGCAUACUGCAGAAGAAGGUGCGUAAGGAGUAUGGCAAAUGUCUGCGCACUCACUGCUGCAGUGGCAAGAGCGUGGAGACCACCAUCUCCUCCUCCAGUAAGACCACCACCUCACGGACCCCGGGCCGCUACUCCACAGGCUCACAGGUGAGCUUUCCUGCCUGCACAGCUGGACGCUACAGCACAGCGGACUCUCAGAGUCGUAUCAGGCGCAUGUGGAACGACACUGUGAGGAAACAGGAGUCCUCCUUCAUCACCGGAGACAUCAACAGCUCUGCCACCCUCAACAGAGUCUAUAAUAACCCAGCCGUGGGCAUGUACAACACCCAAGCACCAUACCGAGACACAAAGGGCAUCCUGAACAACGCCAGAGACUCCAGCGUUAUGGACACACUCCCUCUGAACGGCAACCAUCCCAACAACUACAGCAUGGCCAGCAGCGAAUACCUGAGCGACUGCGUCCAGAUCCUGGACCGCAGCGGUGGCUACGGCACCCACAGCAAUCACAAGGAGACCACGCUGGAGAAGAAGAUCCUCAAGGAGCUGACGUCGAACUACAUUCCCUCGUACCUCAACAACCAUGAGAGGGCCACGACGGAGCGCAGCCACAACCUGAUGAACAAGCUGGUCAACAGCAACAUGGCCAACGGAGGGAGCAUGCCCGGGGGCUGCAGCAGCAGCAGCAGCAGCAGUGGUGUCGGUGGGUGUGUGAGCAACAGCAAAGAGGACAAUGGUCCGAUGGUGCUGGACAACCCCGCGGCCUUCCCUCACGAGGAGAACCUGGGUCUGGAGAUUAUCAGAGAGGAGUCCAACGCUCCUCUGCUGCCUCCGCGACCUCCUCCACCAGACAGCCACCCACCUCCUCCGCCCCCUCCCCACAACUUCUCCAGGCAACGGCGCAUUCCCCAGGAGACCAGCGAGAGCUUCUUCCCCCUCCUGACCAACGAGCACACCGACGAGCACACACACUCACCUAACCACAGAGACUCGCUCUACACCAGCAUGCCAGUACUAACAGACCUCCCAGACGGGCAGAUGAAUGGUUUGACAGACGGAGAGGAGGACAGCUCAGGGGAGGGGCUGCCCUGUAAGAGUGCCACGGCUCCAGAGCUGGACGACGUCUACUACAAGAGCAUGCCAAACCUGGGCUCCAGGAAUCACCUUCAUGAGCUGCAGAGCUACUACCACAUGGGCCGUGGUGGCAGCGAUGGGUACGUGGUGUCCGGAAGUAAGGAGGAGUCCGACUCCUCACCCGAGGAGCCGUCGGUAGACCCUUCCCACUUGGUCACCAGUCUAUAGAGCCAAUCCAGAGACUUCUGUCCCUCUGUGGUCCCCUCACGUUUUGGAACUUGUGAUGAAAAUAUUCUGUGUUGGUGACUGACAGGCUGAGCUGGCCCAGCCCUGGACUGAUGAACUGGAAGCUACAGUAACUAUGGUUGAUGUUGAGAGAAUAGUCAAAGCACGCAUUUGUGCAGUGCACUCUGGGAGAGUGGACCUGGGAGACAUUUGUGAACAUUUAAAACCAGAGAAGAAGAACCAAGGGAGAGGGACUCUGUAAUUUUAACUUUACCCUGUAACUUUAUUUCAGAAUCUUGGAUCGACCGUAGCCCUACAAGUUCCCCGACGUGGACCUCUAGCAGAUCAUAGCAUAUAGUCUCCAUCAGUAUCAGAGGGGGGCGCGGCCCCCGGCCCUGGUUUGAGGAGCUGCUUGUCUGUUUGUGUGUUUGUCUGUCGCUCUAUCUCACUUUUAAAGACGUGCUGGGAUGACGCUUCCACCUCCUCAAACACUAGAGCCUGAAUCUGAUUUCUGGUGUCCAUUCCAUAAACUGGUCCCAAACAGACUCCGCCCACUGGGCACCAGUCAGGCGGAGGAUGUGCGAUACGCGCUGUCACCAGUGACCAUCCCAGGAACUGUUUUUGCCGAACAGCCGAACUGCAACCAUAUCACACUGACGCUCUGACUCUAUUCCUUCGUAUCUGCUAAUCUGGAGUUGUGUCUAAUCUGGGCUGGUGUAACAUUCCUGCGAGUUGUAGUGACUGCAGCUACUAUGUAUUCCACUGAAAACAAAGAGGAAAAGUCAUUAUACAGAGCGAGUUAAAAAAAAAGAAAAAAAAGGGAAAAAAAAGAAUGGCUUCUGUUUCUUCUCCUUUCUUCUGUGAAGGUUUUCUUUAUCAAAGAAUAACGAGGAAAUCCAACUGUUUCUAUGUAUUGUACAGAAUACAGAUACAAAUACAAAUGUUGCAUAUGACCAAGUCUUUCUUUUUUUAUUUUAAUUUUUUAUUUUGUAUCGUCUGUAGAAACGUUUUCAGAAGUCACAGUGUGUUCUAGUCACAUGUACACUACAAUAUGAGGAAGGAACGUUCUUUCAUCUUUCACUCUUUCAUUAACACAGAGACAAUUGCACACUCCGUAAAUGAUAUGCAUAUACCCUGCACACAGCUCCCCCUAUGGUCCUCUUACUGCAAAAAAAAGACUCAUGUUUUGUUUUGUUUUUUGUUUGUUUGUUUGGUUUUUUUUUUUUUCAAAUUCACACGACUCUAUAUAUUUUACCUCCUGCUGGUUUGAAACACCAGUGGAAGGGGAGCGACUACGAUGUGAAGGAGAAAAGGAAGUUCUUAGUUUCAGUUAUGCAAGUGCAUCCUGUCUCCUUUGUUUUGGAGCUUGGUUGCAAAACCGUAUGCAAAAAUGAGUAGUACAACAUUGAACCUUAUCUUAUAUAUAUUGCCAUUUUUUUAUGACGUUGCGGUCCUGUGCUGAUUCUUUUUUUUUCUACAGAAAAUAUAAUAGUAAUCUCCGUUCCACAAGUACCCAAACUGAACUCCCAGGAUUUUGACACAUUUAAAAAAGAAGUCGCCUCGAACCUGUAUAACGGCGUAAUAACUGUAACGAAGAUGUGAAACCCGCACACUGUCCGGUGUGGAAAGCCAAUGUUUACUUAUGUAGGAGGAAGAGUUUAUUAAGUGUAUGAAGU